GUUCCAGACUGGUGAGGUAAUUGAGGGGGGCAAUGGGAGGUUUGGGUGAUAGGAAUUAUGGGAAUUAAAUAAAAAAGUGAACAUAGCUUUAGAGUGGAUAGGAUUUUAAUAUUUUUAUUUAAAAUGAGUAUAGUUUGAUGCUCUGAUUUUGAAAGUAUCUAAUAGUUAUUAGAUUAAUCUUUGGUACCUCUUUCAAGAAAAAUAAUGCUUCUUUUGAGUCUAAAACUAGAGAAUCAUUGAUUGGUAUAAAUCAAAGCAGGUCUUUUCCAACAAGAAUUCAAACAAUCAUUUUUACUUUAAAAUUUUGUAGUUUAGAGAAGUCUACAUUGACAGAGAACAGAGUGCAGGAUUAUCAACAGUUCAGCAGUAUUUUCUAUAGAACUUUUUCAAGGGAAGGAUAUCUUAAUCCAUCAAGCUCAGAAUCCAACUCCUAUUCUGGAAGUAUAAAUUUUAAUUGUAGAUCUUCUGCUCAUAUGAGAUUUAUACAAACACUAAAAUUCUGAAAGUUAUUAGAUGCAAAUGAGAUUAGAUUUUAUAACAUUAAAAAUAAAAAUAAACGAAUUAAGAAUCUUCUGAGAUUCUGAUUUCCCAAUAAAGCUAAUGAUCUUAGGGUUUUCUCUUCAAGUUUAAUGGAGUUGAACAGAUCUAAUUAUCUCAACGUAUUGAUCACACUCAGCUCUAAAGUUAUCAGAAGUGUGACCCUUAUCUUAUUCAGGCUUAACAUGAAACAACUAAAGAGGUUGAUGGCUGCUUGUAGGCAUUUGAAAUCAUUCAAUUUAUAUGAUUGCACUCUCUCGAUUCCCGUUGUUCCUGAUUUCUCAAGAGCAUUGAUAAAUUGCAAUUUUCAGGAACUAAGUUUCUUUAAUUGAGGAGACUUUUAUUUUGGCACCUGGGAAUACAACCUUGAGGAGUUCAAAAACUUGGUCCAAGGACUGGCGAAUUCUCUAAAUUUAAGACUAAGCCUCAAAAAAGUUGAUAUCAGUGGUUGUAGAAUCAACCAAAAAGAAGCCGAAGAAAUUUUUGCUAAAAACCAACUUACUGGAGUUAAAAUUAUCAAUAAACUCCAAAACCACCCCUAAAUUCCUUUACCAAUCCCAUCUCAACCCCCAAAACUAUAUUUCACAUCCACCACCUACCCACAAAUCUAUAAACCCUCCCUCUCAACCCCAUUCC